AAUAUCGCAAGUGCGCGGGUGCGCACGGCAUGCAAUCACAUGGCUAUUAUGCGCUACGUAGUCUUUGCAGCACCGCUACACUCGAUCGAUAUCGAGAGCAGUCGACGCGAACUCACUGUGUGCAACUUCUGUAAGGUAGUCGCUUAAAUUUGGCGUCAGGAUGUUGAAACAGAUUUCGCAGACGUUUGUGCGAACUCACAGAAGUAUUUCCCGUGCCUGCACAGUCAACGGAGAAGGUUAUAAAAGUGCCUACAGUUUGGAAAAACUGUACCCCAACAGUAAUCCAGACAUCACCGCUCCAGUCGAACAAGCGUCAAACACAAAAGAACCAACUGAAGAGUUUGACGGGCAUAUACCUGUAGAAAAACUGACAGUGAAAUACAGCUGCAGCAGUGGACCAGGUGGCCAGAAUGUAAAUAAAGUUCAUACCAAGGCUGAUGUCAGGUUUCAUGUGGGAUCUGCAGAUUGGUUGCCUAUGCACAUUCGACAGAGUAUUCUAGAAAAAAAAAGCACCAAAAUCAGCAAACAAGGAGAAUUGAUCCUGACCUCGGAAAGGACAAGGUCCCAGAUCACUAACUUCUCUGACUGCCUGCAAAAGAUCCGAGACAUCAUUGAGGAGGUGCAGCGGAAACCCAAGGAGCCGUCAGAAAAAGACAAAGCUGUGUUAAGGAUGAGGGUGGAGAGAAUGAACCGAGAGAGAUUACGACAGAAGAAAAUUCACUCGGCCACAAAGAACAAUCGCAAAGUCUUGUUUGAGUAAUAGAUUAAGAAAUGGGACAAGAAACCGAAUCAGUGUGGACUUCGAAAGUCUCUGGAGCACAUUAGAUUGGCUGCUUUACCCUGCAGAUGGGCUCUUUCUUUGAUGACAUUUUGCCGGCUGUUGCACGCUGCGCCUGCAUUUGCAGUGUAAAUACUGGUCGACUCCGCGGUAGACAUCAUCACAUCGGGGAUCUACCUUGUGACAGGCUAGCCAGUCUGAUCUGGCAACAUUUGAAGGACCUUUCUGAUGCCAAUAACCAACACCACUAUGCUACAAACCUACAUGCCGCCCAUCAGUAUACUAGGGCUCCACUUUUUAGUCCAAAGGAUUGUCAUACUGAACACAGUUGUGGUUGGUUUAAUAGACAUUUGAUUAAAAUGAAUCCAAUAUUGAUUUGUCCAAUCGUUUUAAAGACUCAAACACUAAUAGGAAUAGGAAACGACACUGAUGCCUCUGCGUGGAUAAAUAAAUAAUUUAUUUACACAAGUGACAUAUAAUACAAAAGGUUGUCUUUAAAAGUUGAAACUACACACACUUAUAAACAAUGGUGGACCUUUUACAAAUAUUAAAAAGAUUUCAUCUGACCUUGUUAUGGUCUUCAAAAGCUGCGUCAGCCUUCUCUGGAAUGCAAACCAAUGCCAGUGUAAGCAUAAGAUUAAAUUUGUCAAAGUCUAAUCUUUCACGCUGGCAUCCA